AUGAACGGAGCAGUCAAAUUACAAAACAACGGGGAGCUGGAAACUGUCUCCAGCUUCAAUCCGAAGGAAGAGUUUGAGAAGCGGCGAUGGGUUCUCAUUACAAAUGUCCCAGAUGGCGUCGAUUUAGAGGUAAGAUACCGAGAUUGUUUACCAUGUGAGCAAAAUCUGAGAAUCAGAAGUUGAAAGUUGUUGGAACAGGCACUAAAACAGCGAUCGCAACAGCCAUACAUCUACGCCAAUACGGUAACAAUUUGCUAUCUGCAUCACAAGCUGACUGUACUGUUGAAUUCCUUUUAUGUUAUGUAUUUCUCGUUAGGUAGUUCUUGAAAAUUAUUGGUGAUGAUAUUGACAAUUGAGCCUGUUUUUACCGUCUGGGCUAAGAGUGAGUUUCUAAAAGUUUUGUUUCGAUCGUGUACAUUGCAGUGGGUGGAUUCGGGGGGGGGAAGGGAAGCGUUAUACGCUUACACUUAAAAACUGAAAAAACGACCAUCUUUACUCUAUACCCCAACCGAAAAAUUGAGACUAGUGGGAAGAUUGACUUGAGACUGGUAUUUUGUCUUGCAGGAUUUAAAGACAAAUUUCCUUCAAGGCUUUGAUGUUAUUGAUCUAAGAAUAGAAAAGAACUCAGGUGAUAAAUUCAUGCACAAGUAUAACUACAUUCUACUCAAUGCAGGAUCUCUCAAUUUAUUUAUUUAAUUGUUGUAUCAAACAGAUAGCCUUUGAAGAUGAAACAAGUCAUGCAGAAUGCUUAGUAUUGGCUUAAAAAUGAUAUUUUAGUUGCUCUCCUCCAAGUCUUAAAUUUGUACUUGAUGAUCAGGCCUCAGCUUGAAUCAAAAAUACAGAUUCUCCCAAGUAAUGACAGUACAUUUCUCUUUGGUGAUGGAAUUAAGCGUUAUAUCCCUAGAGUAUCUCUGAGUUAAGGAAAUAUCAUUUCCUUACUUCUCAUGACCUGUCUGCUUGACAGUAUAUUGCAUUUGUAAGGAGAAUUUUAGUAGUAAUCACUUCUGGAAGCCAGAGAUUAAACAGGAAUAAUUUCAUAUAAUUUCAACAAGAAAGAUAGGCUUUUGUGUUGUUGUUGUCAAGUGAAAUAAGUUGUUUUUAUCAAUCUGGAGAAAGUUGGUUGUUUUUUCAUAUAGCAGUUAGGUUUUGUUGACUGGUAUUUAGCAAUCCAAAUGUUUUAGGAGCAUAAGAGUUUAAAAUAGCAUAAUGAAAAGUUAAGUUAAUUCUCCCCUCUAGCUCUAGGCAUUUCAUUAUCACUUAGUUGCGAGAAUUUGGUAUUAGAUCAAGAUAGCAGCUUCUACCUGUUAAGUUUGUAUAUUCUCAUUACCUUUUUGUUGGAUAACGUUUGUGUAUUUUCAGGAGAAGUUACAUAUUAAUUACCUAUGGGAGUUUAAAUGUUAACUAGUAUUUUCUCCCUUUAUAGCUCAUGUUCUUCUUGGAGCACCUGAGCAGGCUGUCACUGCCAUUAACUCACUCAAUAGGCAAAGUUUUCAUGGCUGUGUCCUUGGUGUCUCUCUUGCUCCACCAGACAGUCUGUUAUUUGUCGGUAAUUUACCAUUUGAGUUUAAAGAGGAACAGUUUAGGAGCCUAAUGAGCCCAUUUGGACCCAUAGAAAGAAUAUUCCUUGUGCGGAGUAUGUUUACGGGAGAAAGUAAAGGUUAUGGUUUUGUGGAUUAUGUCACACGCGAGUCAGCUUGUCUUGCCAAACAACAGUUGAUGAAUACAGGAUCAAAAUAUGUUGGAGGACGAAUAUUAAGGGUGAACUUUGCUGAGCCAAAUCUGUUAACUUAUGAAGAUUUACAUUCCAAGACUCUGUUUGUGGACAGACUUCCCAGAGACUUCACUAAUGGAGAAGUGUUAAAGGAGUUAUUCAGUCAGAGUGGAUCAGUAACAUUUGCACAGGUAAAUUAUACAUUGAGAAGGAAAUGUCUAUGCCAUUUAUAUUUGAUGAAGUGCCCAACCCUCAAAUGAGCACCCACCCUUAAAAAUUGGAUUUUUCUUUUGUUUACACUCCCUCAUAAGGGGACACCCCUUGCAUAAUAAUCAACUCUUGGCAAUGAAAUUUGUCUUGAAUUUCUAAGUCAACAAAGAUAUGAUCUUUGUCAGAGCAUCAGGACAGUGGGGUUUUGUCAAAUCUCCAUUUGUCUGCUGGAAAGCAAGCUGUCUGUUUGUCAGAAAUUAACAAGAGUCUGAUGUAACACUCUCCCAUAAGCAGAAAUCCAACCAAGUUUUUUUUUGAUGUCCACUGAUUGGAAUAAUUCUUGUAAUGGGAGAGUUCUGUCCAUGAACUCUUUUUCAAACUCCUGAAGGUGUCAGCAGAGAGAAGAGGGUAAGUUUCCAAAGAAUCUGUUGUGCUGCAUUAGGGGAGAAUGUAACAAGAUAAGUUUUGGUUUCAUCAAUUGAGUUGAUAAUGUAAAUUGGCCACUGCAAAGAGUUUCAAAGUUCUGACAAAGGGCUAACACUUUCAACAUUGGCUUUGGAACUCUUUACAGUGGCCUAUUUACAUUAUCAACUCAGUUGAUAAAACCAAAAUUAUCUGCUUAUGAGAGAGUUGACUAUAAUUGUUAUGACAGAGAACUAAAAACGAUUUUUAUUCUGAUCUUUGUAUUAAAGGUUGCAGUGAAUCCUCAAACAGGCAUAUCUAGGGGAUUUGCCUUUGUUGAUUAUGGAACAGCAGAAGAAGCAGAACGUGGACAGAAGGCACACAAUGGGGUGCUGUUAGAGGGCACAAAUAUCCGUGUGGCUUAUGGAACUCCAGGAAGAACUGGUGCAAGCAUUCUUGGAGGGCAAAACACCAAUGUGGUGAGAACAAUUUUUAAAAUCUUAGUUUCUGUUUUUGGUAUGACCAACUCUUUGAGAUAUAAUAUUAUGAGUAGAGUUAGCCCAGCUGUCAAGCCUAAAAGCCUUCAGUUACUAGAAGCCACCAGGAAGGAGCACUACUACUCCCUUGGGUGGGAUGUCAGCAUAUGAUUUUGUUAUCCCCCUGGUAUUUUAAUGGUUACCUUUCAGGAUGUUGUAAUGCAUUUUGCUUCUGGGUAAAGAGAGGCUUAGUGACAGUUAAUUGAAGAACACAACAUAAAAAGCCAGUCAGUUAUCCAACCUGGAACAUCAAUCCUCAGUUCUGCAUUCCAUAAGAGUGUCCCACUUUGCAAGGUGUACAAGGCUUUAAUUUUGUUUUCAUGUCUUGUUUGCCAUGUCACAGGGAGGCCAGUCAUCAUUUGGCCCUCGUCCUAGGGGCCCUGCUCCUCAUGCACCCCAAGGCCUUGAUAUGAUGGCUGCCAGGGGCCCCCGCCCCCUCAUGGCUCCACGUCCACUUAUGGGUUCAGAGCCUUGGCAACAAAUGCCACGAGGACAUCCUGGAAGAUCACCCAGACCUCUCAGACCAGGUCUCACAGUAAGUGUGACAUAAAAUACUGCUUAGGCUGACAUCAGGAAAAGCUUCAAUUUUUUUAUAUCAUUAAGCUACUUGACGAUUGAAUUAUGUAAUUUUUAAAGAAACUUCUUAUUGCUACAAUGGUAGGCUAAAAUUAGGGUUUAAUUGGUAAAACAUGGGUGAUACAUGUAUGGAGUGCUCCGUCUUUGCAGGGUCCAAGGUUUGCAGCAGGUCGGCCCAGGGGACCUGGACCAGGGGGUGCAAGAGGACCCCCUUUUGGUCAUGCACCUAGGCCCCUCAUGGGCCGUCCCCCUGGAGCAAGGCCCAUGAUGAGACAUCCAGCAGGUAAAGACAAUUAAUCAAAUUCAAUGUGAUAGUUUUAGAACUACAUUUGUAAUUUUUUUUUUAUUAUUUGUUUAUCAAACUGUGAAACUAUGUUUCUUUUCACUAGGUCCCAGGGGCUUUGCUGGUAUGGGUGUGGGAGGUCCUCCAGGGGUGAGACCUGUGGCACCCCGAGGGGUACCCCUGCAACCACGCCCUUUGAUGGACUUUGGGGAACAGCCUGAUGGGACAGUAUUGCCUCCAGAACAGAUGCAGGUACAGUUUACCAGUAUUAUGCAGCUUGCAGAUGAUUCACUUACCAUGGAGAUUUUACUGAGAUCAUGCAGUCUGAUCAUCUUGAGAAGGAAUGUUCUCAGCUGUAGUGACUGAUAUUCCCUCAACCUAUAAGGAAUACAUCAUCAGAGUUAAACAGAUUGGUCACUUUUCUGGUUUUUUUUUUUUUUAGCCAGGACCAGUGGGUCUUGAUCCCUCCCAGCAACACAUAGGUGAGACACCCAUCCCUGCCCUGAUGGGCGAGCCUAUGGGAGGGGGUAUCAUUCCUCCUGCUGCUGAACAAGGAGUGUUUGGCCCAAUGGGUGUGCAGCCUAUGCUACAGCAACAGGAGGUGUUGGUUCCUGCUCCACCUCAGCAGCAGCAACAGCAGCAGCAGCAAGGAAUGUUAGUGCCAUCUCCGCUGCUGGGUCCAAGAUCAGCUGUGCCCCAGUUGGUUAGUUGGAUGUGCCUUUUUUCGUUUUUUAUGUACAUUCUCUAGUUUAUUUAAUGGGAAAGAUGAGGUUAGAGUAAGGGCCUCGUGUUCAAGUCAAGUGGGGUGUGACACUGGACUCUUUCAUUUUCUCUUCUUGUGAAAGAUUAUCAUAACCUUUAACACCGUAACAUCAUUAUUUGUAUUGCAUUAUUUGUUCUCCUUACAUUUCCUUAGGUUCUGACAAGGAGAAUUUGUUUAAUAAUUGAGAACUUCCUUAGGUGGUGAUCAUUUCCUUUAUUCUUGAGAAGCAUGAUACUGUAAGGAGGAAUGAGAUGCUAGUCACUUUGAGGGGUUAACCCUUUAACUCCCAAGAUCUGAUUGGUAAUUCUCCCCUCUAGUUGGUACACAUAUUCUUGUACAUUCAUUGUAAGAAUUUGGUGUUUGAUCAAGACAACAACUUCUACCUGAUAACUUUGAAUAUUCUCAUUGGCUGUUUGCUGGAUAAUAUGAGGACAUUCUUGGGAGAAUUUUCAUAUUGAUCACUUCUGGGAGUUAAAGGGUUAAGUUCAACAUGUUUCCAAAGGGGUCUGUUGGCAACCCUGAAUUAUAAAACGUUUGCUAGAGAUGACAAACAAGGCACUAACUCACAAAAAUUAAUUAAAAAAGUGAGAAAUUAAAGACAAAUAAAACACAAACAAAAAAAGAAAGUUUUGUUUCUGUUUAACAAAUAUUCUUUUUUAUUUGAAGAUGCAACUUCAGACAGCACCAAGUGCCCCUGUCCCAGCAUACCCAGGCACCAUGCAAAUAACUCAAUCACAAGUGGCUUUAAUGCCACAGUCUACCCAGCAACCCAUCAUGGUACCCGCUCAGCAGGUUCCAAACAAUCAACCAGUGAUGUAUGCUGCACCCAGUGCUCUACCAGCACAGACUAUGGUCCCUCAGGUAUUACACCCUGAUCCAGCCCCACUGAUGGCAACUCCAGGAACAGUCAUAGCAGGCCAAACUGAUCCUAAUACAGUGCAGUAUAGCUCCCCAGGGGUACAGCAGAUUGUAAGUGCGUAUUUCAGCUGUUAGUAGGAGCUAUUAGCUGGGAAAAGCCUCUGCCUAAUCUGCCAUCUUAAGGUUGCUACUUUCACCUAAUAUGUACAUAAUUGCUGGAAAAAUUGUACUUUCAUCAAGCAGCUUUUUAUCAGUGUUAAUCUUACCAGUAACAGGGUUAGAUGUGUGAAUGGCAUCCACUAUAACAUGGCUGUCUGCUAAUUUUCAUUUGUGUUCUGCUUUCAAACUUUUUGAAAGCCCUGAUUUUACUCUCUAUUACUGUAAAUGGAUUUCUCACAGUCUCUGUUUUAGAUACUGAAAGAAUGAUUUGACAAUUUCUGUUUAGGCUCAAGGUGACCCUGCCCCAAGUGGAGCUGCAAAUUCUGGAUAUGUUGUACUUCCUGCAGAUGCAACGCAACAAACCGCUCUUUAUGCACCGCAAGAAACCCAAUCUUAUACUCUGGUAAAGCACAUUUAGUUUCUGUUCUUAGGUCACUAGGAGAUAUGAUUGCCUAACGGUUAUAAUACAGGUCUUAAGCUGGAAAGUUCCUUCUACCCCCUGUGGUGCUUUAAAAAUCCAAGGGGCGAGGUCACUGUGUCGCUGUUUGUGCUUCAUGGUGUCUCCCACAAUCUGAAUGAGAAUCUCCAAGGAUGAUGGAUGGGACACUUGCCAACCCAGACCCAGACCCAGCAUCUCUGAUCUACGGAGAGUGGAAGUAAUUUGCUUGCUUCAUGUUAUUGAAACCAAAACAAGCUCUGGCACUGUGGACCCCUUGGCUCCAGUCCAAUAUUUGACAUUAAAUCUAAUGAAGACUUAUUUUGUCUCGCUCCAGCCUCAAUCUGUGCCAGGGCUGACAACACAACAACCCAUGGUUCAGCUACCUAUGGGUAGUGUUCAACCAACUGCCAUCAUUCAGCCACAAGUUUCCACAUCUCAGCCCUCCUCCAUCCCUGCAGUAGCUCCACCAGCACCUCAAUAUCAGUGGUAUCAACAGAUGCCUCCUGCAGUGGGUAGUGUGGCAGUGUCUACUCCUCAAGCUCAAACCACACCUUUACAAGGUACAUAUCCAGUUUUAAUCAUAAAAUUAUUGUAAGCAAUAUUUUGUAGCCAGAUGGUGUUAGGAUAUGUAAUUUUAUUCAGUGGAAUUCUUACGGACUGGUUUUCUGUUAGGAUACACAAUCCUCAUAGGUGUGCAGAACCAUCUUUUGUCAAAAUAACGUUUGAUUGAGCCUUGUGGCAGUAGUGAAAUUACACUCUUUGUUUUUUUUUUUAAGCAACAUCUGUGGGUGGCAUCCAAUGGGGUCAGGCUGAACAGGCAUCCCAACCUUUAAUGACUGUCUCAAGUAGUGGCAUGUAUGGCCAGUUCCAAACAACACAGCAAUACCAACCACAACAGGCAGUGACACCAGGUUCAGAAGCUAUGGUGUAUUACCAACAACCACAGGUUUGCUCUGCAAAUUAUUUAACCUGUUACACCCUAACGUCAGUAUGCAUAUUCUCCAUACUGUCAUCCAUACAUGUCUUAAGGUAAUGACAAGGAGAAUUUGUUUAACAAUCACAAGCUUGUUAAUUUAGUGAUCAUUUUCUUCACUCUCAUGACCUUAAUGAGUAGUUCAGGGAUGAUAUUGUAAGGAGAAAUUCAAUGCUUGUCACUCUUAGGGGCCAAAGCGUGAAUGUCAGAAUGUAUAAUGAAUCAAAUAUUUUAAGUAGGAUUUACUAGAAUUUACUGGGUCUAAAUGCAUAAUCAGUGCUCGAAAUUGUGACUGUUUUGGUCACUAUGGUGAUUGCAAAAUUUAUUUGGCGACUUAAAUUUAGGCAAAGUUGCCAAUUGGCAACCAGAUUUGAAAAAAUAAAUUUAAAAAAAUCUCUUGAUGAUUGAAUUGUCAAAUGUACAAAUGCCGGUUAUGCAACAUGAAUUGUCCACCCAUUGAUAUGACGAUUUUUUGCGGUGACCAAAUUUUUCUCUAUUAUUACCAUUUUAUACCGACGUGGGCUUUUUGAAAAAGAGAACUUGGAGCCCUGAUCAUAAAACUGAUUAUGCCUCAAGGAGUGUUAUAACCAGUGAUAUUUGUUUAGUUUUUGGGACUACUCUUGGCAAGACAAUGGCGCUAUGUAGUCCACUGCUACUAUAUGUGAUGUUUGUAGCAAAACUGUUUUCAGAGUCAUAUCACACAUAAUUUGUUUCUUAUUUUCAUCAGUUACAACAACUUCAGCAGCCACAGGCACCCCAGCAACAACAACCUGUGCCUCUGAUGCAGCCUCUGCCUCAGCAACAACAGCAGCUUCUCCAGCCACAGCCACAGCCUCAGCCACAGCAGCAGCCAGGUGCAGUUUACCCAGGGCAGAUGGACAUGUCAGGAGCAGGUCAGCCAGGUUAUCCGUCAGUAGCUGGGCACAGUACUGAACAGGCUGUAUACCCAAGUGCAAGUGUAGCUCCCCAACAUUCAGCUCCUCCAGUUGUCUACAGCAGUCAACAGCAGUCACAACUGGUAAGCUCUUUGAGAAGCCCUUUCUAUUAAGUUGUCAUUUUAUUUUGGCUGUUUUUCUGUUGCUAUCUUUGAGAACAUUGGCCCUUUGUGUGUGACUGAUGUUAAACUAAUCUGUUUUGAAGUUAGUUUUGCAGCCUGGGUAGUGAAGUAAAUGAGUUUCUUUAGAGCAAAAUAAAUAAAAUUACUUGUAAAGUUCAUGCUAAAGCACUUUUAUUUUUUUCCUGAUUAGUUUUACUCUGUUCAUUAUUUAAGGGUGCUCACCCACAGCUUGGUCAAAAGAGAGCUGCUGAAGGAGAAACAGGACAGUAUGCUCUGCAGGGACCUCCCAGUUACUAUGACAGCAACAAGCGACUACGGUACUGACAUUCUGAAAGGGCAGCGGCGGGUGUUGUGGUGAAGUGUUUUUGAACGCUGAUUAUAAUGAUGAUGAUGAUAUGAUAAUAAUUUUGUUCAUGAACAUGCUAAGUAUUAUAAUUAAUUACAUGUACUAAUUACCCAUUUCCAACACCAAACCUUCUCUUUCAUUCAAAGUCAGGUAUAAAACCUCUAGCAUGAAAAUUAAGUUUUUGUAUUAGCAAUAGGUACAUUUUCCUAUCAAGAACUUUACUUGGCUCUUGCUUUGAACAGAGGCCUCUGGCAUCUUGGAAAUGGCCUAGGAAUUUUUGAGAUCAUGAAUAUUUAAGCAUUUGUCUGGUAUCAGAUGGUAUGGCGAUAAAGAGUUUUAAUUGCCUUAACCCAGCUAUUCAAGGUGGGAGGGCUACUUUGCCUAAAGCUCCUACUUAAGUUUAUACGUUUUUCUCGUAAUCAAACGAAUGUGUCAUCAUUAAGAAAGAAGUACAUGUAACACAUACAUGUAGAUAUAGAUUUGAGGAGUUGAGAUCCUGAUAGCAAUUAACGUGCAGCACUGACCCUCAUGCCAAAACUAAAGGUUAAUUGAAUCAUAACGUGGGAAAGUUUUCAGUAAAGCGGAAGAUUCAAUAAUUAACUUUAUCCAUAAGUGGCUACUGAUAGUGUGUUGGGCAGCUGUGCCGAAUGAUGAAACCCCCGACAGCUUGCCUUCAGGCUAAACAGGCAGGCGUGAGAAGUCUUAGACCGCUCGGUAGACCGCUUGGUAGACCGCUUGGUAGACCGCUUGGUAGACCGCUUGGUAGACCGCUUGGUAGACCGCUUGGUAGACCGCUUGGUAGACCGCUUGGUAGACCGCUUGGUAGAUCGCUCGGUAGACCGCUUGGUAGACCGCUUUCAUUGAAACCCCUGCUACCGCUUAUAUAAAGUGUAUACUUUGAUGUGUUCCAUUGCACAUUUUAACUUGGAGCCAUAAAACCAAAGCCAAAGUAGUCAAAACAACCAUUCAUAACUAAAGAAAAUAUAACAAGGAGCUAAAGAGAACUUAGCGUAAACAUCAUGAUUAGUUUCGUAAAAUAGGUUGUGGUUUAGUGCUUCGCUUAGGGACGAGAGUUUCUUCGCCCGCAGGAAAGAGUGAGAGCUUGAGUAACGCGAGCUCUACCGAGGUCUGCAAGGGGUCUGGCUCUAUAAUCGAGUUAGUGCCAACCCCCCCGGCGAACCUCUGUUCGACUCGUCUCAAAUCUUCCCGCACGCAGAGGAACGACCGUCCUGGAGCGUCAAGGAUCAGGGCUUGAUUUGUGCAGAUUCGAAAAUGUGAUUACUUUUCCUUUGCAUUUGAUUGGUUUGGGGAGAUAGCCAAAGUUUUGUGGACCAAUCGCAGAGCAUUCCUUAGUAAAGCAAAUGCAACCCUUGAUUAUUUGCCGCACUAUAUUGAAAAUUAUUUUAUGGUAUUGAUGAGCUGACACUUGAAACUACAUGUACAAACGGUUUAAUAUAUGUUCUUAUAUUUUACAAUUGUCAUAUACCAGGAAUUUAAUAGUCAGAUGUUGUGGUUUGAUUUUCUCCUCAAUUUACAAUGCCCCAAAACAAAUGCUUGUAACAUUUUUUACACAUUUUUAUGUCCUUAUGAAAGAAAACUUGUUGUAUGCGAUAAAGAGUAUAGUGAACUUAUUAAGGUUGUCGUGAAGUAUUUAAAAUAAGUAAGAAUUAAAUAUAGUUACUGCCACCUUAUGAAAUACUUUGUAGUAUAUUUUAAUGUUUCAAAAGAGAAAUGUAAUUGUUUGUCUCACGUUGUGGCCACUUCGGAUGUGGAUUGCGACUUGUCGACUGCAUACUGCUAAUCUUCUUCAGGCGAUUGGGUCGAUUGAAUACGCGUCAGUUGUAUGCUGUAGUGCUCAGCUGUGAUUGGAUGAAAUUAUACGGCUGCGAUUGGUGCAUCUUCGGAUCAGGUUCCUUACCGCAUGGCUCUCCUGCUCUUGUGGAAGACUAGCAGUAUGCAGUCGAAACAUCGCCAUCUAAAUCCGAAGAGACCACAUCGUAAGACAAACGAUUAAAAUUCUUUUUUCAAAGUAUUAUUUACGACGAUGACUACCAAACCGAUUUUACGGUAUACUAGUGUUAUUAAAAUAAGUUAACUUUUGUGCAUGCAGCGGCCUGGAUAAUUGCGCACUGAACUUCGGAAUGAGAGGUCUAGGUUUGAUCCCAGGCCGUCAUUGUUUUGUGUGCCAGGGCAAGAGUUAACCUUUCAACUCCUAGAAGUGAUUAACAUGUAACUUCUCCCUAUAAUAUUCAUACAUUAUUCAGCAAACAGGUUAUGAGAAUAAUCAAGCUUAUCUUGUAAAAGUUUUUUUUUAACUUGACCAGGCAUCAAAUUCUCAUUACUAAUUUAUAACGAGAUGUGUAGCAGCCAGAGAGGAGAAUUAACAAUCAGAUCUCGAGGAUUUAAAAGUUAAGGGGUUUCAAAGAGUAACCUAACUGUUUGCGCAUGUCUUCAACCUUUAACCCUCAUGCCCUAACAUCAGUAUCUAUAUUCUCAUUACUGUUCUCUGUAGACAUCCUUAGGUACUGGCCAGGAGAAUUUGUUCAACAUUUGAGAGCGUCUUUCGUUGGUUAUCAUUUCCUUUAUUCUCACGACCUUAAUGUUUGAUUUAGCAGCGAUAUUGUGUGAGUAAAUGAAUUGCUUGUCACUUCUCGGGGUGAAAAAGAGAAAGUUACAUUUGUGAAGAAAGUUCCAGACCUGUGUUUGUCGGCGAUGUAAUUCAUGUGAUCUAACAAGGUUACUUUAUCGUUGUGUGUACAGGGAUACCAGGGUUUCUCCAUUUAUUUCAGAGUCUAAUUGGACACUGAAUUUUGAGCAUCAUUUUAGUUAUUCAUGAGGUCAAUGUUAUUGUACGAUGCCAUCACUGAUUUAUUAAGCUAAGUGCGUUCUUCUGCUAGUGAAGCAUGUGUUUGUCAAGGAAAAUAACGAAGGUUAUGAUGAAAAUUACUCUCCGAGAGUGAAACAACAUCGGUUACAUGGUAUUUAGGGAUGCCCUCUGAGUAGUUAUUUUGACGUUAACAUAUGUUUUCGUGUACCUUGCACCCAUGCAGUGUUAUGAAAAACAAUCAACCUAAACGGUUAUCCAUGACUCAGAAAUCAUGAUUUAUGUCGUGUAAACUAAUUGCGUGUCAUAAGUUCCAAGGCUCGAUUUCCGCUGCUCUCUCGUAUCCGUUCCUCGCUACUUCCCGAGAAGAGAAGGGGAGAAGCACGGGCUCAUUUUCCCAAACAGUAGCUGGUAAUCGAGCCUAUCAAGUACCCUUCGAUGUGAAGAGCAUUAUGAAGGAGGUAAAGGCAGGCCGUGGCUCAGGGGAGUUCUAUAACGCAUGCGCUCAACCUCUUGUAAUAAAAAUGUAAUAAUUCAUCGGUAGCCCCC